UCCGUCCCUCUUCGUUGGUGUUCUGUCCUUGGAUCCCGCUCGGCUUUCUCAGGCCGGUGCUGAAGGUUCUAAGUCAGCCUCACCUGCCAGCUCUGUUUACCUGAAUCCAAAUGAGCAUUCACAGGCCACGCGACCCUCCACUGCCUGUGCAGACCUUCUGAGCCUGGUCUUACCGGCUGAUCCAUUGUCAACCGCUCGUUAAGACCGCCUUGUAUGUCCCGGAGCCUACUGAUCCCUUCCCAGAACCCUCUGGGCGAGCUCUGCAUCCGCGUGGAAGCGGGUGACCCAACUCCCCACAUCUCUUUACCGCUGCUCUUAAACUGACUUUCACAGUUCAGACCUGCGGAGAGGGUGGGAAAUGAGAGCUGAGGUUGGCGCUGAGCCUGGCCCUUGUGUGUGGUAGGGUCGUCCAAGUUACAGAAGGGAGGCCUACUGAGGGUGGGGUCCUAGGAUUGAAGAGCUUGUCAGGACCGCAGACAAAGUGCCCCCCUGCGAGAAAAAGCCGACCAGGUGGUCCGCCCUAGUCAAGGGAACUGCAACCUGCUGUACGUAGAGAUGGACAGCAGGCAGCAGCGCCCCCACAGGAAGACGCUACAGUGGCAGCUCGCUCAGGAGCAAAGACAACAGUCUCCCCCACUGAGGCUUUCAGUGGCCUCCAGCCAGCCAGACACCAAGAGCAAGCCUCAGGAGGACUUGCAGACCCAAGACUGGGUAUGUGAGCCUCAGGAGCACAGGCGUCCAGGUAGCCGCUGGAAUAUCAGCAUUGAUGAGCGCAGGCGUCUGGCCAUGCUGCAUAUGCAGGAGAGGACAAACACAGCCAGGACCCCGUCCAGAGACUUACUGGGCCUGCACCUCGAGGACCAGCAGACAGAACCUUCCCCACUGACCCCGUCUGUCCCAAUCCCUCCCCUCCAGGCCUGUGAAAAUAUGGCUGAUCCCCCGCAGGACAUCACACAGAUGGUGGCGGAGCUGAUGUCUGAGGGUGUAGAGAGAGAUGUUCUCAUCCCUCACCCUCUAAGAUCUACAGAGUACUCUAACGCCUUCCAGGACUUCUUGGCCAGGAAUGCGCCCCUUUGGAAAAAUGAGAAUUUUGAGGUCCAGACCUCAAGGUUGCCCCAUUCCUAAGAAGGAGCUCAGCUCAGCCCAGUG